AUCGGUUUCACUCCCUCAACGGCCGAUCAAUCGUUGUUCAUGCUUGGCGAGGGGGAGCAGAGGAGCUUCAUGGUGGUUUAUGUGGAUGACAUCCUCAUAUUCUCACCCUCCUCUGACCUUGUGAAGGAGGUGAUGCUGAAGCUUCAAGACAAGUUCAAUUGCAAGACCCUUGGUGACGUCAACUACUACCUUGGGCUUCACAUUGAGCGAGAUGUGGAGAAGCGGUGGAUGCGAGUGCAUCAAAAGAAGUACUUGGAGGCCUUGGCUGCAAACUUUGGGAAGAGUGAAGGUCAUGUGGCUACUCCUCUACCCUCAGGGUUCAAGUGUGUGAAAGGACCAGCGGAGGAAAGUGUUGGUGAAGAGGAGAGGCGCCGUUUUCAUUCCUUGGUGGGCAGCCUCAUGUAUGCGGCCGUUCACACAAGGCCGGAUGCAGCCUUUGCUACCGGGCAGCUAGCUAGGGUUGUCCAAUGCCCUAAUGAAGAGCAGGUAGCAGCUGGAGAGAGGGUGGCCAAGUACCUUGGCCAAACAGCAACUGUUGGACUGCAAUACUCCGCGGCGGCACAAAGGCGUCAAAAGGGUGCGGAUGGAGUCGAACCCGGGAGGCUCUUUCUCACCGCCUUCUCUGAUGCAUCUUGGGCAUCAGAACCAGAGGACAUGACAAGUGUGGGAGGCUUCAUCUGCUGUGUUGGUGGAGGACCAACAGCUUGGGAGAGCAAGAAACAAGUGGACCAAGCAUUGAGCUCGGUGGAGUCCGAGUACACGGCACUCUUCCGUGCCAUAAGAGAGGUUGUGUGGCAGCGGCGUUUGCUAGCUGAAUUGGGGGAGGAGCAGCAAGGACCUACCCCCCUCUACUGUGAUAGCCAGGGUGCUAUUGCAUUGGCUAAGAACCCCGUUCUUCAUGGCCUUACCAAGCACAUGAAGGUGAAGUGGCAUUGGGUGAGGAGCAUGGUAACCGCGGGUGAAGUGGAGUUGCACUACGUGAAGACGACGGCGCAGCCUGCUGAUAUGAUGACCAAGAGGCUGGUUGAGCAGCAGCAUUGGAAGUGUUGCAAGCUUGCUGGGAUGGCUCUGAACUAAGGGGAGCAGAUUCUAAGGCCAACAAUCCGAGGGGGAGUUUGUUGGUGCAACCCUAUGGCUUGCACUCGGCUUGUCGUCCGUGCUUGUGUGUGUGCAUGCAUGGCAUGGAAUGACUUGUGAGUCUAUGUCAUUGCUAUCUAGUGCUUCUGUGUGUGUUUGAAUGGUGUCUCACAAUGUGGUGUGUGUCGGUCAAGACAUUAGUGAGUUUUUACAACUCGCAUGUCAAGUCGUCGUUUGCGUGUCGCAUGUGUUUUUCUAUUUUGUCAAGUGUGAAGUGUCCAUCGCGUCGCAGGUGUGUGCAGCAAGCCCCCAUCAACUCAAGAAGAAUUUAUCUUGAAGAACCAAGACCAAGAGCUCAAGAUUUCAAGCCCAAGGGACGCUGAUAAAUAUUAAAUAGUGAAAAUAGUAACGCUACUUCGUGUAGUGUUACAUUUCACUUGGUGUAG